CUGAAACCACAAUGGCACUGCCUGUGAUAGAGCUGUCGAGUUGAAGGAAAAAUAUGUCUGUUUUGAGAAAUAUUACAGUAUUUAUUUUCUUUGUACUGCUGGGCUGUAUUUUAAUUUAACUAACGGGUACUUCUGAAAUAAUUAUUUAUAUAUAAAAAUAAGAAGUGAUAAUACUGUGGUACAUGCAACAGGAGGACCGCGUUAAUAAACCAAGUCGACUGUAAUCAGUGAAAAUGCCCAAUCCGAGCACACGUCCUAAGAGGGUGAGGCGGAACCGUCAAGCAUCAAGGGGGAUCCAAGCUAGGAAUGAGCUGGUGUCCAGAUCUCUAGAAAGUGCCCAGCAGUGCUUGCAGAACCAGGACUAUGGAACUGCUUUCGUCCACUAUCUUCUCGUUCUUAACCUGUCUCCUGCACUGAAGGAGUUUGCCAGAGAGUCCUUCAGGUUUACUCUUUUCAAAUGGGCAGAUGAGUUGGAUGCCCUUGGCCGUAUCCAGGACUUAUUUGACUGCUAUGAGCAGGCGAUGGAGCUGUUUCCAGCUGAUGAAGUCAUUGUGAACAGUAUGGGAGAACACUUGUUCAGAAUGGGGUUUAGGGAUGAAGCCGCAUGCCAUUUCCACAAGGCUCUGAAGUUAAGUCCUGAUUUUGCUGAGGCCAGGGAGAACUUCUACAGAGUGGCAAACUGGUUAGUGGAGCGCUGGCAUUUCCUGAUGCUGAAUGACCAGAGGAGAAACACUAAGUACCAGCAAGCCAUCCAGAAAGCCGUGGCAUCUGGGUGCAAUACUGUGCUUGAUAUUGGAACUGGCACUGGUAUUCUUAGCAUGUGUGCUAAGAAAGUAGGGGCAGCACGUGUUUACGCCUGUGAGCUUUCUAAGACCAUGUAUGAGCUUGCAUGUGAGGUUGUAUCAGCCAAUGGAAUGAAUGGAGAAAUCAAGAUUCUACACAUGAAAUCACUGGAUAUGGAAGUCCCCAGAGAUAUCCCAGAUAAGGUUUCACUUGUGGUGACAGAAACUGUGGACGCAGGGCUCUUUGGUGAAGGCAUCGUAGAAAGCCUGAUUCAUGCUUGGAAGCACUUACUCUUGCCCCCUCAAGGUUCGCAAGGCCCAUGUAGUACACCUACACGAACAGGACGAGUCAUCCCUGCUGGUGCCACAGUGUUUGGCAUGGCGGUUCAGUGCUCCGAGAUACGCAGGCAUCACAGGGUGUGUGUCCCCUCAGUGGGAGGGCUGUGUUUGUCGAGAGCAGGGGAGUUCCACAGCCCGGUCAGCUACUCCCAGGGCACUGCUGACUCGACAGAGCCCUACACCACUGAGCGGCUGAGCCAGGUUCCAGGUGGAUACACCGCUCUCACUCAGCCCUUCCAGGCCCUUACUGUCGAUUUCAACAACCUGCAGGAACUGGAGGGCCUCUGUUCUCAAAAGGCAUCUCAGGUCAGCGUGGCUGUUGUCCAGGAAGGUGUGUUAGACGCCAUUGCUCUGUGGUUUGAACUGCAUCUAGAUGAGGAAAACAGUCUUUCCACAGGGCCGGAGGAAGAGACGUGUUGGGAGCAGGCCAUCUACCCAGUACAGAAUCUCCGCAAUUGCAGUGUUAAGCCUGGAGAUACCCUGAUGCUGGACGUGUUGUGCCAGGAUGUGUAUUUAAGGAUCUGCAAUGUGAUUGUGGUGAGAGCAGAGGACCAUACCCAGGCACAUCGGGCAAGUGAAGAACCGGGGACCAGCUCAUUCUCAGCUGCAGAAGCAGAGCUCUGCUGUGCUUUAGCUUCCCUUCAAACCAGCCAGGGAAGUGCUCAACAGACAUGCAUGCUGGAGUGCUCUGAAAUGGCCCUGCUGAACAAUUUACAGUUCCAUGACAGUUUUAAGAGGGCAUUAUGCAAACUGCUUUCAGCUCUGAGAGCAGGCAGUAAAUCUGACAAAUUACGUUUCGCGGAUUCCACAAGCAAUACCGACCAUGGGAAAAGUUUUCAUCAAGAAAAUCCAAAUUCUGAACCUGACCCCUUGUACGUGUUGGACGUCUCUGAGGGAUUCUCGGUUCUGUCCCUGAUUGCGGCGAAGCUGGGGUCAGUGAAGGCCUACAGCUCUGUGGAGAAGGAGACGCACCAAAUGGUGCUGAAGCUUUUGGCAGAAGCAAACGGGAUGUGUGAGGAUUCGCUCGAGUUUUGGCUCGGUCACAUUCAGGACGACUCGGUUGUUCUACAGCGGCCCUCGACAGGAAAGCUCUGGAGCGCGAUCAUCCUGGACUGUAUCGAGACCUGUGGGCUGGUUCGCCAGGAGCUCAUGGAGAAAGCAGCAUUAGCCAGGUGUCUCCUUGAAGAAGGUGGGCGAAUAUUUCCAGAGCGCAUUGUGAUGUAUGGGAUGCUGGUUGAAUCUGACACCUUGCUUUUAGAAAGUGCUGUUCAGGGCACAGAACCAACUCUUGGAUUCAAAAUUGCGCCAUUUAUAAACCAGUUCACGGUGCCUGUUCACGUGUUUUUGGAUUUGUCAGCUCUCCCUUGUAAACAUCUGAGCCAGACUGUAGAGCUUUUUACUCUGGAUCUCAUGAACUCCGAUGUCAAUUACACACAUCAAGAGGUUAAGGUGCAGGUGUGCUCCUCGGGCAGAGUGACCGCAAUCCCAUUCUGGUAUCAGGUUUACCUGGAUGAUGAGAUCAGCUUGAGUACCUACAGUGAGAACUCCCAUUGGAAACAGGCCGCUGUGAUUCUCCAUCAGCCAAUAGAGGUGUGCACUGGGGACCAUCUUACACUCAAAAUUGAGUACCACAAGAACAGUAUCUCCAUCAGUGCUCACAGAGGGGAAGAACAUACCGCCACAGAAUCUGCCUCUGCCAUCUGACUAAAUUGAUAUUUUUCUUUUAAACUGUCCCUUAAACAAAUAGUUUGUCAGAUGAUCAAUCUGGCUACUUUUGGCUACUUUGUCCAUCCCCAGUUUAGAAGCUGGUAAUUUUCCUAAAUUGUAUAGCAUUUUUUUAAAUAAAAGCAAUUGUGAAAAAACUGCACUUGAACAAUUAAUUGCUUUCGCUGUGGUAAAUGAUCAAGUGAUCAGAGAACCUAAUGUUUGUCAACUCUGUGUAAUACAAAAAGUGACUUUUACUGCAUCUGCUGGUGUGGAGGCUGCAAAGGAGUCAAAAAAAUAAUGGGCUGUGUAUAAUUACAUUGU